UUUGGGAGAGACACGUGUUGAUAUCUUGUUCCAAGCUUAUCAAACUUAUUUUAGUCAAGCUAAAUCUUAUAUUACUAAUAAAGGUAAAAUAAAUAUUGUUAAUUUCCUUAAAUUUUUCGAGCAUCUAAAGUCGAAGCCUGAUCGUUCAAGGAGAAGUUUUGAUCUUACAUUUGAGGAAAAAAAUAUUACAGAAAUAGCAAAGAGAGCAAAUGAUUAUAUAAAGACAAUUUGUUGGGUAUUUCAAUACUAUAAUGGUGAUUGUCCAAGUUGGAGACAUUUCUAUCCACACCAUAGACCACCAACCGUUCUGGACAUAUUAAAGCAUGUGAAAGCGGCAAAUUUUGAUCAAACUUUCAUCCCAGACACCCCGAUACGACCUUUCGAACAAUUAAUGUGCAUACUUCCACCUAAAUGUAAUUAUCUUGUUCCAGAACCUUUCCGACCUUUAUUUACUGAUCCACAGUCUCCAAUUUAUGAAUUCUUCCCGAAAAAAUUCAAGAUAUCUAAUAACAAGGCUAUCUUGCCAUUUGUUGAUGAAGCGCGUUUGAUGCAAGCCAUGGCACCAGGAUAUGCACUAUUAAAAAAAGAAGAUAUCGAAAGAAAUUCUAUAAAUGGAAGAGUUCAUAUCUAUGCUGGAUGUCAGUCAUCAACUUAUGCGACCCUAUUUCCUCUAUGUACAAGUAAAGGUGGUAGGUCUGCUUUCCCCGUAACUUCGAUAGUAUUUGGUCAAUUUUCAUAUUGUGGGCCAAUGUUAAAGUUCAUCAAGGCACCUGUUGAUGAAUUUAACAAAAUAAAUCAUAACUUGGUUGCUACUGCAGAGUAUCAAUUACCAGGUAAGUUACCAGAAACAACUAACUGUGCGACAUUAAGUCAAUUAAUGAGUGCCACCAACAAUUUACAACCAAAUAUGCCAUCAUCCUCGUACCAGCGAAGACAAGCCCGCACUACUAAACCAUACAAGCGAAGAAUUACAUAUACUAGCUAA